AUGUUCAACGAAGGCUUGGAAGCUCCGUCAGGACAUGAAAGUCUUCCUUUGGAGAAGUUUGUGAAGAAGAGAGAUGAAGUCAUACAGGAGGUGCUCAGGGUUCGGGAGCGCCACAAUGACAACAUCAUCACCGCGCUGGAGGACACCUUGCGGCAGAUGCAGAUGACGGCGCGGAUCGCGCACUCCAUCCGGCGCAAGGCCGCGAGGAGGUUCACCAAACUCCUGGUCUCGGCACUGCUGAGCGUGGCGGCUCCGGCCUACAUGCUGUUCAGGCUGCUGGAAGUGGCAGCAGAGAACAUUAAGUCCAGGAGAUGGAAGAGGAGCAAGCCGCGGAGGCUGCUGCGCUUCAGGCGGAGGGUUCAAAGCAUUGGCGUCUCUUCGGCUUCCUGA